AAAUCGACGUCAAAAAAAAUUUCAACAAACUUUCAAAUAUAAUGACAAUAAAGCGUGGCUUACAUUGACAUUUUUUUUAAGACAUAAAUUUGUCCAAACUUCCGUAUCAGCCACUGUAUUAAGUUUUGAAAUCUACUAUAAACAAAUCUUGACUAUAAACACUAAAAAUCAAUUUUUACAUAAAAUUUUGCAACACAAGUUAUGAAAAUUUGGUGAAUUAGGAAUUCGGGAAAACGGGAUAACCAUAACCAAAAAAUUCACCGGUUGAGAAAUCACAAAUUAAAUUUAUUCUUGAAUAAAAUGGAUAACUUCCAAAACUGCACAAAGGAGGAAUUAAUUGCAGAGGUAAAGGCCCUGAGGGCCCAUAACAAACAAUUGCAAAAUAUCAUCCAAAAGGGCACAUCUACUAAACCAGAUCAGCCGAAAUGCAAUAAGAAACCAUUCGAUUUCCAAAAUUGUAAAUUCCACCACGUUUUGUUGAAAUUCUUGUAUCUGGGUUGGGACUACCAAGGGUAUGUCACUCAGGAAGACACCGUGAAUACCAUAGAACACCAUGUGUUUAAUGCCCUUACGAAAACCUGUUUGAUAGAAAACCGUUUCAGUGCCAACUACCAUCGUUGUGGGCGCACUGAUAAGGGCGUUAGUUCUUUUUCGCAGGUCAUAUCUCUAGAUCUACGGUCCAACGGUUCUGAUCUGAAAAACGAAAUCAACUACUGUAAAAUUCUAAAUAGUGUUUUGCCUGAAAAUAUCCAGUUUGUAGCUUGGUCUCCUGCUAAAAGCGGAUUCAGUGCGCGUUUUGAUUGUAAAAAUCGCACUUACAAAUACUUUUUCCCCAAAUCGAACUUGAACAUUGAAGCGAUGAAGACAGCAGCGAAUUAUUUAUUAGGAACGCAUGAUUUUAGGAAUUUUUGUAAAAUGGAUGUGAAUAAUGGCGUUGUGGAAUUCAAUAGAACCAUCCUGACGGUUGAUAUUAGUUUAUUUCAGGAUGAUGGACGAUAUUCGAUUCAUGUUUUGACUAUUAAAGGGAACGCUUUCUUGUGGCAUCAGAUUCGUUGUAUUGUCGGGAUUUUGGUAUUAGUAGGUCAAGGUAAAGAAAAACCGGAAGUUGUUGUGGAACUUUUAGACGUGACAAGAAAUCCGAGAAAACCAGAUUAUCAUAUGGCCAGUGAAGUUCCCCUCAACUUGUACGACUGUCAUUAUGAUGACAUAAAUUGGAUUUAUGACAAAGAAGCACUAAACAUUGUAAAAACAAAGUUAUAUAAAAUUUGGAUGUUCUCGUCCAUAAAAACCGCAAUGAUGAAGAGUAUGUUGUUGGAUUUGGAGAAAGAAACGGGUGAAAUGCAUUGUUCUAGCGAUUUUCUUAUACAAGGCGUAAAAUGUAAAAACUAUAUUCCAGUAAUGAAAAGACAGUUGUGUGAGAGUCUAGAGGAUAAAAUUGAACAUUCCUUAAAGCGACGCAAAAGAAAACAAAACCCAAGUUAACUAUACAAGAAUAUAUUCAUAAAUACAUAAACAAACCGUUAUCUGAAUUGUGAUUUUAUAACUAAUAAACAAAACGCAGUCCAAAUACCUAA